AUGUCCUCCUGGGCGGCUCUCAACGCCCGACCUUCGAGCGACGCCCGCGACCAGAGCGCAGCGCUCGAGCAGGCGACAGACGAGGCGCAAGAUGCGGAACACACGGCGAUGUACGAGCAAGCGCUGCGUUGCCAGCAGCGGCACGAGCACGCUGCAGCCAAGACGUUGUACUUGGCGUUACUUCACAGCGCCUUCCGCACCCCUACCCGCUUGGUUUAUCUGUGCUAUAAAAACCUCGUGAGUCUGGAUUUCGAGGUGCAAUCAUUCGAAGACGCUCUGUUAUCGUAUAGUCAAGCGGUAUCGCUGGACGCAACGGACGUGGUGGUGUGGUACCAAAUGGCUACAUCUGCCGUGGAAACAGGAAAGCUGUGGCUAGCCCGGAGGGCUCUGGAAGAAGGGUUCAAGGUAGAUGCAACGUAUUGGCCGCUUGUGGAGACGCUGGCGCUGGUGCUGCACGUGCUGAAGGACGAAGGCGCGUACGAGUGCGUGGCGCAGUAUCUUCGCGAGCGGGACCCGCAGUGCGCUUUGGUGCAAGUGAUUGACGCCAUGCGGCGGUCAGAUGCCGCGCUGGAGACGGAGCUGGAGAUGGAGAGGUUACGUGGUGACAAGUUGGUGCUGAGACGAGCACAAAAGAGGCUGCGACAUGUGGAGACGAUUGUCGAAAGAGGGACGAAACGACGGCGAGAGCUUGAGAGAGAGCGUGCAGACAAGAGGAGGAAGCAGGUGAGAAGAAGGAGGACGUAUACGCUGUUGCAGGCGUCGUGGACGAGACUAGGUGAGCUGCUGCUGGAAGCUUUUGACGAGAUUCAUCGAGACGUUGAGGCACAUGUGUUGCAGACAGAAGUGGAGAUCCGAGUUGGGUUUUGUGAUGAAGAGAUCGAGGAUUGUGCAGCUGAAGAGGCUGAGAAGGAGGUGGAUAGGGAUGGCGACUUGCCGCUGUCGAAUGGCGUACAGUUGAAAGAGCCGGUAGAAGUCACUGCUGCUGCUGGUUGUGACACACCAAUGUUGACGGAGAUCUCGGACAAUGAUACUCAGGACAGCGGUAAAUAUGCGAGUGAGGUGAUGGUGGAUCAGCCUAAGCGACGAAAGUCACGUCGGCGCGAGAAUCAGCUGUGGCAAGAGCAAGCUGCUGCAAUGAAGAAAGCUCGUGAACAAGCUUUGGCGUAUCGCCUGCAAGCUUUCUUGCCCACUAAUGUCGGAGACGAAGAGAAGAAUGCGACGCAGGAAUCGGUCUUGAGUAAGUGGCUUCCUUCGCUUACUGUCGAAAAUGUCAACGGCAAAUUUUGCAUUUUAAAUGCGAGGAAGGAAGUUUUUACAGAACUGGCGUCGUUCGCGAUAUCGACAGAAGAGCCUGCGAGUGAUUCUGAUAUAUCGUGUUCACGGAUGUGUUCUCGUGAACAGGCAGCACACGAGGUGGCGCUUCAACCAGAAAUGGUGACAGCGAGACAAAUUGUAUCGUUUGUCACUGGAAGUGCUGGUGGGACUACGCGUUCGGGUGUGAUAAUUGACUGGAUGCGACGGUAUCUCAAUCAGUGCAGCCAAUGGUCGCUAUUGCACCCUGAUGAUGACGAUGGAAAGAUCCACAAAGUUUGCGCCUGGCUCGAAAAAGCGAUAAAUGGAGACUUGGAUAUCUUAAAAUUAGAAACGAGAACGCAGCCCACUGUCAUAAAUGUUGCGGAUCACUCGCUUAUUCAAAACAGCCGCUUUGAGAGGAAUGGAUUGUCGCCUAACACUCGUCUUUUUCUGCUGGAGCUUCGUUUUGAUACGCUUUUGCCGCGAUCUCUCCGAGGUAGAAAGAUGUGUGGAAUGGAGAAACUGCUGGAGGUCCAGUUAGCUGAAGCGGAAACGCUUAUGUUUGAGUUUGGCUGGCUUGAAAACGCAGAAAAUGUAAUUUGUGACCCGAACGGGAGUGAACUUUUGCGACUGCUUCGGCUUAUCGCACAAAUGCACGAGCGAUGCAGAAACCCUCGAAUGGCUCAGCACUACUUUGCCAAAUACAGAGAGAGAGAGUAG